AUGGCUGAGGCCAAGCCAGGCAUCCUGCCCGGCGGCGGCUGCACAGGGGCGAAAACUGAGAAUCCCUGCUCAACCCCAUCUGGGGUGACUGCCAAGUGCCCAUGCCAGCGACCCCGAUCCCCCUCCGGUGGAAGAGUGGGCGGGAGGCACGGCCUGGGGGCCCUCAGGCUGGGCGCGCUGGCGAUCCGGAGGCCUACCAGGCCAUGCACCUCCAGCCCGCCUGGGCACCCAAGCUGCAGCCGUCUUCUGUGUGCAGGCAGCAGCCUCCAGGCAACCCCCGAGCCCGUCAGCACUCCCCACAUCUCAGAACCGGGGCCAGAUGUCCCUGUGGCUGCGGCUAAGCUAGGUGGUCUUCCCUGCGGCGGGAACCGGCUCUCAGCCCCAUUCCCCGUGGCUGCAGAGGGCCACUGGCUACAGGUCCCGAGCUUCAGCAGAGGAGGAGCCGAGCGGGGGCAGGGCCUGGCGGGCUCUCAGGCCAGGUGCACUCGCGAUCCAGAGGCCGCCCAGGCCGUGCUCCACCACCUGGGCGACCAAGCUGCAGGCGCCCUCUACCUGCUGGCGACAGCUGCCUGGCAACUUCCAAGAUGGCUGGCGCUCCCAGCCUGGCAGAACCGGGGCUACAUGUCGCCCUGGCUGCGGCCAAGCCAGGCGGUCUGCCCGGCGGCGGCUGCACCGGGACAGGAACCGAUCCCCAGUCCCAUCCCCGGUGGCUGCGGUGGGCCCCUGUCAGCGGCCCCGAUCUCUCUUCGGAGGAGGAGCGGGUCGGGAGUCAGGGCCAGGCAGGCUCUCAGGCCGGAAGGGAUGCAUUCCUGGGAUUCCGGAACGUCCCGCUCGAGCCCAGGAGAACCCGCAAGCCAGCGACGCCUGCGCCCGAGCUGCAGCCGCCCCCUGCCGGCCACGAGGGCUUGGGAGCGGCUUCCGGAGUCCCGGCUGGCGCUGAGUUGUAGGCGCGCGCCUCACUGGCAUCGCGGAGACUCACGCGGUCUGAGGUCGGAGCGCUGA